AUGGUUGAUCCUGAAGAUCGAAUCUGCAUGCCUGUCCAGAAUUUUAUCGAGGAGGCAGUUUCAGAAAGUUUCGCUCGCUACAAGCUGGCUGAGUUAAAGAGCAGUCUGUCAAAAUUUUCACCCUCAAUAGUGAAUGAAUCUGGGGUCACUGGAAUCUCUACACUACCACAUUCUUCAUUUGGUAGAACCUGUUCAUUAGCUGAUAAGGCUAAUUUUGAAAUGAAAACCAAUGGUCAUAUGAGUAAAAGCGAAAAUUACAAUACUAACAGCAACAACAAUCAAUUGAGUGAUGGCAAAAAUAUUACAAAUCCUGAAGAAUUUCAGCAAGAUGAUGAAAAAAAUCUGGAACAUUCGAAAAGAUAUCAUGCAAAAAGAGUUGAAGUGAUGGACUCCACGAAAGAAGGAAAUGAAUCGGAAAAUCUGAAAGAAGUCAGCAAUAGAUUAACUACGAAAAAAGGUACUAAAAUCAUUCAGGAUGAAAAUGUGAGAAAUAAAGAAUUGGAAUCUGAAAAUUCUCGACUAACUGCUGAAGUUGAACGACUGAAAACUCGCUUAAGACUAUACGAAGAGUUUGCAUCUGCAAUGAACUCCAACAUGGCGGCAUUUCAUCCAGUUAUACCUUUAUCACUUAUGAAUUCUAAUGAAUUGAAUAACGGAAGUAAUUCUAUACAAUUAACGUCUGGUCCAACAGUAAAACGUGCGAUAUCAUUGAUCCCAUCAAAUACUAAUUCAUCAUCAUACCCAAAUGGAUUGAAAUCAGAAAAUGAUUCCACAUUUCAGGAGCACUUGUCCACAACAAUGCGUCAAGCAGUCAAUUUCAACGUUUAUGAAUUAGCGAAAAUGGAGAAAAUUGAACAGGAGAACGAGAAGAAAGGCAGAAUAGAACAUCUUUCUAACUAUUCAAUGUUUUUCCGAAGCUAA